GUUGCGUAUUCUUUAAUGCUAACGUUGAUCCUUUUCUGUAAAUAUCAGAAUUCUAAAAAUAUUAAGUUUUGUUCGAACAUUAUCUUUAUGGUGUAAAAAAUGGGAAGGUAUAAAUGUGCUUACAACUGCGAGACCUCGACAGACCCGGAUGUUAAGUUCUUUAAAUUUCCGCUGUACAAUCCCAGAAAGCUUAAGAAAUGGCUCUCCAACAUGAAGCUGAAGGACUGGGCUCCAACUCGCUUCUCCGCGCUUUGCAUCAAUCAUUUUGAGGAGCGGCACAUCGACAGAACGGGGAAGUGUGUGACUCUUCGAGACGACGCGGUUCCCACCAUAUUUUCACCUCAUGACAAAACUCAGAAAAACAAGGUUUCUCCAGGCAGAGGACGUAGGAAACAUAAGCCUAAUAUAAGUGCUCAGUCUUCAGAGAAAGAGUCGGCUUCAUCUGCAGCAUCUCCUUCUGUCAGCAGCGUUAAAAACAAAGAACUCAACCAGAGAGACGAACAGCAAGCAGGAGACAAAGAUCAGAAAAACACUGAAAAAUGGAGAAUCAUAGUUGAUGAGCGGCUGAGGAAGAUCGACUCAUUUCCACAUUUCUUUCAUGGAGAUUACUGCGUGCCACAGAAUAUCCAGUGGGCUCCAGAUGAUGAUUUCAGUGGAGAGGAUCAAGACUCUGACAAUGUUAUAGAGGUGAAAGGGGCGUGGCAGUGGCUGGGACUGGACGUCAGGGGGUCGCUGCCACAGACGCUGAAUGGACACAGGUACAUUUUAACGUUGACAGACUUCUACUCCAGGUGGGUGGAGGCCGUCCCCAUGCAGUCCUGCCUCCCGUCCGACGUGGCGAAGAGCCUUGCCGACAUCAUCGCACACUUCGGGUAUCCACUGAGAAUCCUCUCCAGGCUGCCUCAUGACGUAGUCCACAGAAUUAAUUGUGAGCUGAAAGAUCACCUAAAGGACUCGACUGCUCUUGUGGUUUAUCAUCAGCAGACAGGCAGCGUGGAUUUAAUCACACCGCAGCUGAUUGACAGGAUGGUCAGUGAUCUAACAGAGGAGCAUGCAGCUGAUUGGGAUGUUUACUUACCUGCCAAAGUUUUCGGUCUGUGCUUCAAACAGCAUUCAGUAACUAAGGAGAGACCUUUUACUUUGUUGUGCUGCAACGGACUUGAGCCAAUUAAAUCCCCCAGAGGACUGGAUUACGUUAACGCCAAGAUCCAAGACAGCACCUUUGUGGUUACAUAGAAGUUAAUUUGGUCAUUUGAAUCAUGGUCUCAUUCCCAAACCAGCGAGCAGGAAUGAGGAUUUCUGAGGGAAAAUGUCACAUUCCUGAUGGACUGAUCAAGAUUAGUCUUUAUUUGCUGGACAGAAACUGCAGUUGAGGAUCUACCAGGGAUUUUCUUCGUGUUUUGAUAUUUAAUCCUAUUUUUUUUAUUUUUGACAAUAGAAAUAAACAUUUUCAUUUCUUGAA